AUGUCACGACCUAUUUCAUCUCCAACACCACUUCGUCCAACAACAAAUUACAUCACCAAAGUUAGUAGAUUAUCAGAAGAGUCAUUGAAGUCUAGAAAAAUCAAGUUAUUAUCUGCCCUUUCAACUCCAGGAAAUUCAAAUGCUAAACCGAUCAUUAGUGUGACAAAAAUGAUUCACUUAAACUACUUACCUAUCUUUACAUCAUAUUUACUUCCAUUAAUGAAUUAUAUAAACAAUGAAAACCGUCCACGGACAGAACUUGAAAAUGAAGAUGAUUUUAUGAAUUACAAAAAGUCAUUAGAGCAUUGCAUUACAAAUACUUACCUUUUAUUGUCUUCAAUGAAACCAUCUCCAGUUGAUACGAUGUUAACUCUUUUCACUCCACUACCACCUAUUCUACAACAGUACAACACAUUAUCACAAGAUGAACAAUUUAGAAUAGAAGAGUGCCUCCAUGAACUUCUUAGAAGAAUAUAUGUAGGUAAAUACAAAGAACUCUGUCAAAACACAAUCAGUCAAUUAACAAGCAGUAUUCAUCAAUUGAAAGUAUCAUAUUAUGCUAAAUUGGCAGAUAAAAUAGCAAAACGAAAAAUCGAAAUUCAAAACAUGCAAAAAGAGAUAGAAGUACUAAAACAAAAACUUCUUACUUCAAAAGGAGAUAAAGUUUCUACAAUAAUAAAAUCACCUUCAAAAAAUAUUAGAAAGAUAACUAUUCCAGCUAUUGGAGAGGUUGUUAUUUAUGGAUAUUGUGUUAUUUGUAAAUUACCUGGUAAUACAUUACUUCAUCUUAUUUACUCAAAUCUUGUUCCCGAAGAUUGUAACUCUUUUAUCAAAUAUUAUAAAAAUCUUAAAAAUUGUAAAGUUGAGUUAAACGGAAGAUAUCGUCAUUUGAUGUUAUUCAAUAACAGUAACAAAUGUUUUGAUGAAAAUAAAAUCGCAUAUUGGAUCCUUGAAAACCCAAAUAGUCUUGAAGAGAAAUAUCGUUAUCUUGUGAAUUAUUUUAAUAAGUACGUCAAUUUUAUUAAAGUUACACGAAAGGUACGUUCAGAACUUGGUGCUUAUUUUGUUAAGAACAAUGACCGUCCUACAUUAAAAAUUCCAAUUAUUAAUAAAGAUAAAGGACUUUAUAUCACUGUUGAAUUUGAAUUUGAUGGUUCUCGUAUUGAACAAUACAAUGAACUAUCAGAUCCUUUUAGACCAGUAAGAACAAGAAUUAAUGUAAUUACUGGGACAAUCUCUGAAACACAAGUAAAAAAUGUUAUUGAUAUUUCACUUAAAGAUAAUACAAAUAAUUGGUUAUCAAAUAUGGUUAUGAAACUCUCGUCUCUUUAUUGA